CCAAUUUAAAGGCCCAUUUGAUUAUUGACCCGAAAAACCAAAAAAGAAUAGAAGAACACUUCAAGAACACCUGAGAAAAAGCUUGGACAGUUCUAGAACACAAGCAAAAACGAGAUUUUUUCCCUUUGUAGUGGCUUUCAAUGCAACGUUUCAAUAAAUUCUUCCUAAAUUAUCAAACCCCACUUGCUAGAUUUGUCAUUUCUCGCCAUUCUUGUAGCAAAUUGUUCAUUGGAGGACUUUGUUAUGAUACCAAUGAACCUGUUCUUAAACAAGCUUUUGAGCAACAUGGUGAAAUAAUUGAAGUGAAAGUAAUAUGUGAUCAUAAAAGUGGAAAAUCCAAAGGAUAUGGGUUCGUGAAGUUCACUUCGGAAACUGCAGCUAGCAACGCCUUGAAGGAAAUGGAUGGUCAAGUAAGUUUGGAAGUGUUAUUGGAUGGAAGAAAUAUUCGCAUCAGUUAUGCCCACAAAGGAUGACAUUGAGGGUUUUAAAUCUCAUCUUUCCUCGUGUGUUCAAGAACUAGCGAUUUUCAUCCAUGAAAGUUGUAUUGAAGAUUGUCUUGAUUCGGGAAUUUAGUCGAGGGACAUACAUCCACCAACCAAAAAGUGUCUUAUACCAUGACUCUGCAUCGUGUGUCAGGCAAGUGAUUACAGCAAGCUGGCCCGACGUUCUGAUGGUAGUCAGCUAGUCGUCUAACAGGUCCAGAUCAAACUUUAAUUAGUCCAUUUUCUUUUUUCCCUUGUACCUACUAGGCGAAUUCAUGUUUCCUGUAAAUAGCGAGGAUCGUUAAGAGGAUUUAAUUUUUACAGUUGUUAGAAGGAAAUUUUUAAUUGCAAUAGUUUUGAUAUUUUGGAGGGAGGAAAACUCCAGUAUCAACAAUGUAUAUAGGCAUUCAACUUGCUCAAUGAGCAGGAAAAGUUGAACAAGGAAUUGAGUUCUGCACUUACACUAUGCUAUUAGUGUGGAUGAUACAGGUUGUCAUAAAA